UCCGCGCUCUUGCUGCUGCCGUGGGCGAGCGGUGUCGCGGCGAUCACGCGGAAUGAGCGCGGCGCGCUGAAGCUGCUCUACUGGGCCACCCACGGCCAGCGUUGGGCGGCGCAAUGGGACAUUCAGAACGAGCACAGCGACCCGUGCCUCGACAGCUGGUAUGGCAUUGUGUGCGACCGCAACGGCCGCAUCCGGUCCAUACGCCUCGCUAAUAACAACCUCGUGGGCGUUAUCCCACCGGAGCUCCCUCGCCAAGACCUUAGCGGCCUGCAGGAGCUAGACCUGAGCUCCAACUUCUUGACGGGUUACGUGCCUGACACUCUCUCGAAGCUCGCAGCCCUGCGCACGCUACGUCUCGAUCGCAAUCACUUUGUUGGUCCUGUUCCGGCUUCGCUAGCGGAACUGACAAAACUGGAAUUCUUGGAGCUACAAGAAAACAACUUUGACCCCGUGAACGCAUACGGAGGCGUGAUACCUGCCGCAGUUCAACAGCUCACGGACUCUGAAGGACAGCACUGCCACAUUAUCUCU